GACGUCGCCGCUGUCUUCUCGAAUCAAGCUCAUUGUACGCGGGCUUCAAUCAUGCGUCUACCCAGCCUAUUGCUUCUCUGGCCAUUGGCCCUCCUAUGUCUGUCUGGCGUCCUCGCCAACCAAGACUCUUCAAAGUACGAAUUGAUCUUGUACUGGCGCCUCAGGCAAUUCAUGAUUGACGCUCUCGGAGAAAAGAAAAAUGUUGUCGCACCGCUAUGCGAGAGCCCAUGCGACUUCAAAAAAUUCAUGGAAACAGUCACCGUCAAGAGGAAAGGACCCAAGCUGAAGGAAGCAGACGGCGUGACCAACCGUAAAGACGCCAAUGGGAAAGUACUCUAUCAGUGGUACCCAGACUACGACAAAGACUUUUCCGUCUUCACCGAUGACCUAUUUAGCGAUCCCGAGGCGGCUGCCAAGGAGAUUGACAAUGUUCACUUCACCGGGCGGUUCGGGAGUGAAUCACAGUUCGAGGGCGCGAAGAGCUUCGAUGAUAUCAUUUCAAGUGUCACAGAUGCCAUUAAGAAGUCCCAGGCCGCCCUCACCGCCGCCGGGAGGGACCCCAACGGCGGGUGGUUCAAGGAGAUCAAGAAUCUGCUCCCGAUCGUGGCCAAUGCGCGUCGCUACAACCGGGCGAUAAACCUGACCAAGGAGUUCAAAGCCUGGCUAGUCGAGAAUCCAACGCUCAAGUUUGUCAACGUGAAAAUGAGCGCUCCGAUUCAUCGCGCGCCAAACUUUGUCUACCAAAAGGUGGAUCUCCAUGGGACAUAUGAUGCAAACCGGGCCGUGGUAGGGAUAGAGAAUUGGCAAUACGGUAUCAAGACCUUUGCUGUGGUUCAGAACUCACAGGGCAGUGCUCUAGGCCAUGUCAUGUGUAUCCGUUCCCUUGAGAAGCUUGAGAAGAAUCUGGACGCUGGAUGCAAGUAAACGGCUUGCCUACCCCGAAACGAGAGGUGGUUAUUGAUUUUCAAAUGGGCGUCUCCUCACUUUAGCAGAAAUAUUAUAUUCAGCCUACAAAGAUACCUUCUCUUAGUUAAUACUUGCUUCAAGUGUCAUCUUCUCGCACCAAUAGUUGCUUCACUCCUUUAUCUGAGAC